GUGGAUUUCGGAAGGCGAGGCCAGUGAUGGCGAAGGAGCGGAAGAAACCGAGGAAGUCGAGAUUGAAGUGGAAGUGGAAGAGGAGGUUGAUCCCCCAGAAGAGAGACCAUCCCUGCCUGCAGAUACUUCAACUUCAGGCCAGCCUUUCAUAGUGAGACGCCGGGCAGAGAUUGCUUUGCGCGACCUGGCCUGCAAAGCCAUUUGUCGCAUCAAAAAGGGCCUCAGAAAGCCCGGAGCACAAUCAGAUGGUCGCCCCUUCAUUCCGGAGGAUUGGGAUGAACUUUUCAAGCCGCACCUUGGCUCCUACAUCCGCUUUCUUCUAUCACGGUCAGAUCAGUUCCGGGUCGUUCAAGGAAUCGGCCCAGGAAGAUACACAGUUGAGGAUGUAACUGGAGACAAGACUGUCGUUGCGCCGUCACCGGAAGAGCUGGCCAACAAGGGAACCAAAGGCGGCUUUGACAGAAAAGGAAAGGGCAAGUUUGCAGAUGCUGGCAAAGGCCGAAAAGGUAUUUACAAGGGCUACGGAAAGACGCAGUUGGAGGAUGUCGGAAAGGGCAGCCAGAAAUCCAAAGGAGGAAGCACUGUUGCUGCGAAAAGCACAGGCAAGAUGUCAGCCGGUCACAUCAACUCAGGGAGCGUGUCGAGUGGCAAGGGUCGUGGCAAAGGAAAGCGGCCACAAGCCAGUCCUCGAGGUGACGCCGAAGCCACAGGCAAAGCAGACACAGCUGGCAAAGGAGCAGGAAAGGCAGGAUCGCCGCCUGUUCAGGCAGCUCAGUCUGCACGGACCUUUAUGAAGGCGGAGCUUGACACAGUCGAGGUGUCCGUGGAUGUGGAGUUGGAAACCAAGGCAACAGAAGCCCUCGAAUUUGCCUUUCAGGACUCCCCGCCUGAAGCAGAGGACCUACUGCAGUUCAGGAGCCUGACGAUGCAAUGCGGUGGUGAUGCUGAGUGCGACACUGAGCAACAGCACCACCAGAAACAAGCUGGUCACGACAGGAUCGGGUCUGCAGAAGUUUUUCCAGGGCCCAAAGGUGCCUUCGGCUUGGGAGACUCUGUGGAUGAGCUGUUGCAGGAUUUGCAGACCGCCAAGCUCCUCGUAGCCAUGACUGAUGCCUCCCCGAGCACCUGGUGCCGGGCACCAAAAGCUGCGAAUGCUUCGCCGCAGGCAAAGAUCCUGAUGCAGGCUUGUGCGAAUCAGCACAGUGCUGGGCUGUUGCCACCAACACGCCCCCCGCUUUCUGCGGCGCUUCCGCCACCUCCGGAGGGAAUGGUCCGCAUCACCGUGGUCACGCCGCGCAAGGGCCACUACGACCUGCAGCUGAGUGAAGAUGCGGUCCCUGAAGACAUCCGCAGAGGUCUCGUUGAAGCGAAGACAUUUGCCAAACCAUAUCGCGAGCCCAUGCUUCCCAAGUCGCGGGACGACGUGGAAGUCAGGUUCGUGUACAGAGGCGUUCCACUCAGACCUACAGACACGCUGAAAAAGCGGAAUCUAGCUGGAGAGCAGCUUCUGGCGGUACCGGGCAUCAAGGAGCCCCGGAACAGCCUUCGGCUAGCUGCUCCUCGCGGACUUCUCAUGACGUCCUCUAGGGCCUGGAAGCCAUCGCAGGCCAGGCAGCCUCGAGAGGCAUUGUUCAUUGAGCCAGAGCUUGGCACAUAUUCUGCCGACCUUGUGCAUCCUGUUCUGAAGCCACACCCGCAGCUGCCCAUGCCUACCUGA